AGCUAGGUUGGCAAGGGUGGCCAACUUGGAUGGAUUGGUUGGGAAGGGACAAAUGUCAAAGUUGGGGUUCCUAUAGGGAGGGAAUCUUUGUGCUUAUGGGGUUUCCUUGGUUGAGGACUCUCUUGGGACCUUCCCUCUCAUCCCUCUCUUCUAUCCCAACAUUUCUCUUGCUCCUCUAAUUCCUUGUGAGAUUCUUGAACUUUCAUUGAACUCUUGAGAUUGAGUUAAGUUCUCCUCCUACAGCUUACCCCCUAAGAGAAUUGUAACGGAGCGGGUGAAGGGCGUUCGAGACGAGCUCCUGUCGCGAAUGGGGGUUUUGAAGGGGCAGGUUUUGCAGGCGGCGCAGAGGGAGGCGAGGCACGCGGUGAGCGAGCUGAAGGCGGAAACGAAGACCGAAAUGAAGACCGAAAUGGCAGACAUGAUCGGGGCGGAGAUGCGAGAGGUUAAGGAGGACGUGGAACACUUGCAGGAGGACAUGGAGGAGUUGGAGGAGAAACGGGGAGCGUUGGCGGAGAGGAUCGGCAGAUUGGAGGCUGCUGUGGAAGGGGGCAUCGACGCUGGCGAGAAGGCGGCACGGAGGCAGGCGGAAUCUGUGAGGGCUGCUACGACGGAGGCAGAAAAGAGGUUGGUGGCAGUGAUAGGGAAGGUGACGGUGUCGGUGGCGCGCUGUAACGCGGCCAUUCAGCAGUGGCGGAAUGAGAGGCGGAGCGAGCGAAACGGGGGUGGGAGAGCCGAGGGCGAGCAGUGUGCAGGGUCAGAGCAGAGCGAGAAGAGGAAGCGGAGGAGGAAGGAGGCAGGGGACGCGGGUGAUGUGACGUCGGAUGUGGCUUCUAGGGACGGCGCUCUCCUGGGGUGUACCUGCGACCUUGCAGGGACAGAUUGGAAGGCGAUGGAGGGAGGAGAAGGGGAGGAGCCGGUGCAGGACGUGAGGAAUGCAGUGACGGCGGGCGCAAUGAGGGAGGCUGCUGAGAGGCGGGAUAUGGAGAGUCAAGUGCGUGCGCUGCGAGAGGAGGUGCAAGCAAUGCAAGGGAGAGUGGCUCACCUCGAAGAGAUGAGUGGUGAAGGGGAGAAGAUAUGGGAGGUACUGGUCAGAGUGUGGAGCAGAGCUGUACCGCAAGACUCCUACCUUCCGCUCACCAGCAUCUCCUUCAUCACAGACUCCGUCCUCUCUCAGCUCGCUUCCUCGCACCACCUCACGGCCAUCAGCCUCAAAGGCUCUACAGGCUUCACAGCAGCAGGAAUUCAAGGGUUGCACUCGCUGCCACGCCUGUCCUGGCUGAGUCUGGAAGACACCCACACCAUGGACGCUGCUCUCGGCAGCAUCACCCGCCUCGCCACGCUCACCAACCUUGUUCUGAGCAACACCGACAUCACCGAUGCUGGGAUAGCGCAGCUGCAGGGGUUGUCGGCCCUCCAGGCGCUGCGCAUCUCUGGCUGUGCGUCGGUUACAUCUGCUGGCAUGGUGCACGUUGGGGCACUGACAGCUCUUGAGUGCCUCACACUGCAUUCCAGUGGAGUGAGGGAGGAGGGAUUGCAGCAUCUGACUGGGCUCACAAGCCUGAAGCUCCUCACCUUGCCUCCAAGAGUGACUGAUUCUGGCCUGAGGCACCUGAGGAACAUGCAACAGCUGGAGAAGCUGGGGCUGUGGAAUGCUGUCAUCACUGCUGAGGGCGUCAGGUGGCUCAGGCGGCUCCAUCGUUUGGAGGACGUUGCAGCGCCAGGCGUGGAUGAUGUGGUUCUAGGAUGGAUUAGGGGCAUUCUCCCUAGAGUGAAGCUGGUUACAGUCCUAGGGUAUUGGAAUCAGCAGCAUGCCUCCAGGAAUUGAGCUGAUGUAGUAGGCGUCAUUGAGUGAAAC